AUGUCUGGAAACGCCGAGCCGUCGUUGGCUGUAGAGAAAUCUGAAACGCAGCCAAAGGCACUGCCUAUCGGUUUGGAGGAUUUGGAUAAAGCAAAUUGGAACAUUUCAUUGCAAGUGUACGUCGUAGAUAUCCUUAAUUACUUAAAAAGUCGCGAGGCUGAAUUUUCGAUAGACGAUUACAUGAAACGUCAAGUGCAUUUGUCUAAAUCAAUGCACGCUUUGCUUGUGGAUUCGAUGGUAGAAAUCCAGGAAACAUUCGAACUUAGUCAAGAAACUUUAUAUCUGUCAAUGAAGGUAGUAGAUUUUUUCUUAUGCAAAGCUGUUAUCAAAAAGGAUAAGUUGCAAUUACUGGGAGUGUCUGCUCUACUUAUAGCAAGCAAAUUUAUUGAGGGUACAUUUCCUUCAGUUAAGCUAUGCUGCGUGCGGGGAAGUAGGCAUCCCAAAAUGGCUGCAGCCGGUUUAUUCAUUGCUUUACGUAUGGUUGGCGAAGAACAAGCGUGGAAUACUACUUUGGAAUACUAUUCCGGUCAUAAGUUAGUAGAUUUUGCAGAAAAUGUGGCAACAUUAUAUACGGUGCUACAUCGCAAAUCGAAGGACGACAUCAAGACUAUACGUAACAAAUAUUUACAUAAAAUAUUUCAUGAGCUGGCUGAAGUAGUGCUGAUGACUACUAAGAACUUAUUUGAAAAGCCUAUCAACUUGACUUUGUGCUCAAACACUGCACCUCUUACUACAUUAUGA